GGCUCGAGCGGUGCGGAGGGCGCCGCCAGGGGCCCGCCGACGGGCCCGCUGGGGCGCCGGGCCCCCCGAGGAUGUCUGGGGCGGCGGCCGCUCCCGCCACUCCGUCCGCGUUCCGCAGCGCGCUCCGGCCGGUGGAGCAGGACGCUAGGGCCAAGCCCGGGGCCCGACGCCGCAGCCUCUCGGCCGAGUCCGCCGUGGGCGCCCGCCAGAGCGCGCGGGAGGACGAUGCCCCCGAGGCCCUCGCCCAAGCGGUGGCGGCGGCUCUACUGCCGCAGUUGCAGGCGCUCUGCCCCGGCGGCGCAGCGGGUGCCGCCGCGGUUGGCGGAGAGCUGGACAACCAGCUGGCAGCCAGGCUCCGCUGCCUCGAGCUCCUGGAGGAGCGCGCCCGCCAGGCGACGGACGAGCUCGAGCGCCUCGCCGAGGCUGCGGCGGCGCUGCCCCUGGCCACAGCACCGCAGCCGCCCCCAGAGGUGCCGCAGGGGCCAGAGGGACCGCUGUCACCCUGCGGGAGGCUGAUGACGAACCAGGCCAGCGCGAAGCCCAGGAGGUACCGGCAUUCGAGCACGUCUGGUGUCGGCGGCGUUCACCAGGAGUUCUUGGAGAAAGCAUUCGUCGUGAACUUCAGACGGCUGAUGAUCAUCCUCAAGGUCUGCGAGAUCAUCCACGAGCUCAUCAAAUCCACUGGCAUUGCGGCCCUCACCCUCGUCGGCGCGUUCAACCUCUGGGAGCUGAGCUACUCGAUACUGUUCGUGGCCAUUCUAAUGUUCCUGUUUGUCUUCAACAUCAGGCGGAUGCACACCAUGGAUGGCGACAAGUACAAGAGGUUGGCAGAUUUGCUCGAGGACGACGACCCAGACCCAAACACCAACGGAGGGCAGUGGCGCAACCCGAACCGCUACUUGAAGGCGCUCAUGCUGCAGCGCAGGGGCAGAUGCUUGAGGAGACUCGGCAGGCGGAGGCGCGCCUUCCUGGGGACCUCGCUCGUCGCGCUGCUCUGCGGCGCUGCUUGGGGACUGCUCGUGUGGGAGUGGGCCACGGAUGACGCCUUCGAGGACGAGAGGUGGGGCGGCGAAGAGUCCAUGCGUUUCUACAGCGCGCUGCUGCUGAUCGGCACCCUCAUGUUCCUGUUCUACGUCGCCUUCGAGGGACGGAUUGACGCAGUGCCUGGCAAGUGGGCGCACAUGGGCCCGACGAGUCGGGCGAUGUAUUGGCGCGAGACGCAGAGCGUGAUGCCGAUGAAGUGGGACGGCGCGAAGUGGGUCCCGUGGGACGUGAAGUACGACGGGGUGCCGCCGCAGUUCCGCUGGUUCGGCCUCCCCAGCAUGUGGUUCUCGUCGCAGAAGGCCAAGAGCGAUUUGAUCCUCUGGUCGAGCCUCGCCACCACCACGCACGAGCAGAGGAGCGCGGGGAGGACUGUGGACAAGCUCUACCCAGAGGAGCUGGCGGUGCUGAGCCUGGACUCCAGGGUCAUCGGCCAGCUGCGCGGCGCGCUGAAGAACGCCAAGCUCUUCCAGUGCGAGUCGAAGUGCGGCGGCGGCAGGUUCCUGACGAGGCGUGACCGCUCCGACCUGGUCUCUGGGGAGCUGUCGGAGCCCCGGAAGGUGGACCGCGGGGAGGUCCCAGAGGAGCUGGGCGUCCAGCUGAUCUUCUACGACGCCCAGAACCCCGCCUACAGCGUUGCCGAGGAGGCAAGCUUCUCCGGCAGCGUCCACCUGCUCCGCGGGAGGAGCUUGGUGAGCAGCGCCACGGGCAGCCCCGCGGCGCGCAGCGCGGCCUCGAGCCCGAGGUCCUUGCACACCAAGGGGGCCGCCUCUCCGUGCUUGAACCGCGGGAACCGCACGCCAAGAGAGCAAGGGUUGCUCGUGCGCUUCAACAGCAAGGAUAGCGAGUGCAACUUCGACGUCUUCGACGCGGUGUAGGGAGCACGCUGGCAGAGCUCAUUGUCCUCUUUCUCAUUCCCACAUAUGUCCCUGAUCUGUCUUCUACCCGCUCAGGGGGAGGAGAACAGCACCACCAGCGAGCCACGUCCAGUCAGAAAGUACACGAUGCCUCCCCGAGCUGGUGGCCGGGGACGUCGCGAGCGGGGUGCCUUGAGACAAGGGAGCCACAUCACCCCUCACUAGUGGGCACCUGGCCCAGGCAGCGGGCCGCAGCACAUCCGAGCCACAAGUACGCUCGUGCAAGGCCCGGUCUGACUCUCCCCGGGCGUGGCCCGGGCAGCGGGCCGCAGUAUAUCCGAGCCACAAGUACGCUCGGUCAAGGCCUGGUCUGACUCUCCCCGGGCGGCCCUCGGAAAGGGCCGCGCCCGCGCGCCCCCCAGUGCCGCCUCGUCCACCCCCUUGUG